CCUAGGUACUAUUAUUACCUUUCUUCUUUCUUUUUUUGUGGUAGUAGUUCUAAACUUCUACCCGGGUUACUUAAACGAGGGUAACUUGUGUAACUUGAUGAGUCUCACGUAACCCCCUCCCGGUCCCGGGCAUUUCACCGGAAGGGAUAUAAGUGAAACCCCUCCUUUGCAAAAAAUUAUUGUAUUUUCAAAAGGUUUUGACUAAGGCAUCCUUAGGUAGUAACGAAAAGAUUUUGUUAGUACUUAAGAUAGAGACCUACCUCUUUAUUAGGGAUAUAAUAGUUGCUUAUCACUUUUUCAUACGCGAAUCCUACUGAGUUCAUCCUUACUCGUCCUAUUGUAUAUCUUAGGUACCUAACCUAGGGUAUUUUAUAAUCCGGAACAAUAAUGGCAUCCUAUAUGUCAGUAGAAGGGGAAAUGAAUUGGGAGGUCUCAAACGCCGGCAAGCCUUGCAAAACUUGGUACAGAGUCGUUGGCAGCCUUGACACGGCUCUGUCACCCGUUAUUGCACUUCACGGCGGCCCGGGGUCCGGCCAUAACUACAUGGUCGCUCUGACAGAUAUCCACGAGACGCGAGGAGCUCCCAUUAUUAUAUACGACCAGAUCGGAUGUGGUCACUCCACCCACUUCCCCGAGAAAUUAGGUGAUGAGGCGUUUUGGACUGUAGACCUCUUCGUCAAAGAGUUAGACAAACUCAUCGACCAUCUCAACCUGCGAGACAAAGGCUUCCACCUCCUCGGGCAGAGCUGGGGAGGCAUGUUAGCCGGGUCGUAUGCGUCCCUACGCCCCCGCGGUUUGAAGAAGCUAGUGAUGUCGGGUUCGCCUGCUAGCAUGCCGCUCUACAAAGAGGCGUGCCAACGUCGUCUUGCCCAGUUACCACCGGAUGUACGGCGUACCCUCGAAGAUUGCGACCAGAGAGGCGACCAUGAGAGCCCAGAGUACAAGGAAGCAUCUACCGUCUUCAUGAGGAGAUUCGUCUGCCGACUGGACCCUGUGCCAGAGCCGAUACAGCAAGCUUGGGCCAAUUUAAAGGAGAACCCUGCUGCGUACCAGACUAUGCAAGGCACGUCUGAAUUCGCCACGGUCGGCACUCUCCAAGACUGGGAGGGCUGGAAGGACGCGCAUAAUAUUCAAGCGGAAACGUUACUUCUAAACGGGAGAUAUGAUGAAGUAAUGGAUUUCGUUAUGGAGCCAUGGUUUAGAGCCAUCAACAAGGUCAAAUGGGUCACGCUUGAGAAGUCGAGCCAUACGUCGAUGUGGGAAGAGCGGGAGAGAUUCAUGCAACUCUGUAGCGAAUUCCUAUACCCCCAGAUUGAUGUUUGAUAUUCAAUAUUUACUAUGGCGUCGGGUAACAGAAGUUGGAGUUGAACAGGAAGUCUACCUACCUUAUACAUCUUGUUUUAUUCUUUUGCGUAUUACUUUACGUACCUUGGUACUUGGUAGUCACCGCUUCUAUGCAAUAUUGAGUGCCUCCUAACCCCAA